AUGGAAUCUACCGUUUCGAACUGCUGCCAGACAACACGACAGUUACUGCCGAGGUCUACUGCGCUCAACUGCAAAGACUGCCCGACAAGAUCCGCAAGGAGCACCCGAAGCUCGACACCUGGAGCUCGGAUGGGAAGUUCUACCGCACCCACCGUACAACCCAGUCCUGGUCCCGAGCAAAUACCACCUCUUCCGAUUGCUUCAGCAUCACCUGGAAGAGAAGUGCUACGAUGA